GCCCCGGCUCCCCACGGCUCCCCCCGGCCGCGGGGGCCUCGCUCCCGCCCGCCCGGGCUGCCCCGCCGCCGUCCGGGCGCUGUCUCGGGGGGUGCCAGGCCGCAGAGUGCCCGCAGCCUCCCCGCCGAGGCCGGGGCGGGGACAGCCAUGUCAGGAUCAGCCCCCGAGGAGCCUCAGACCAUUCCUCAGAGCCCAGCUAGUGUUCCUGACCCCGCUCCCGUUGCUGUCGGACCUGGAGGCUCAAGUGACAGUUCCUUUGGUGAGCAAAACCUUGGCUUCGCCACCCCCGAGGCCAGCCUGGUGGAGAUGAUGGACAUUGAGUACACCCAGCUGCAGCACAUACUUUGCUCACACACGGAGGCGCAGAGUAGUGAAGGUGAAGUGGAAGCCAGGCUCAGCGCUUUCUCCUCGCCUGGCCCCUCUGCUGACCCCCCUCUGCAGCAGCCCUCCCCCAGCACCAGUCAGGACGGGGGCUCAUCCAACAGCUCUGGGAACCAGUCGGUCUGCCCAGUGACCUGUCAGUCAGGGUUGCCUUGUGACAGCUACUGGCCGAGUUCUAACCCGCACCUGGGCUAUGCUGACUUGCAGGAGCUCAGGAUGAUGUUACUUAGCGAGUCCAACCUCCCUGUGAACCAGAGAGAGAAAGCGCCCAACAGUAGUAGCUCUGUAGAAGUCUCGGGAUGCAGUGUAGCAAAAGCUAAACAGGGUGAAAAUUUCUUGGGGGAGAAUAAGGAAAACAUAUUUGUUGAAAAUUCGGCACUGGCGCCAGAGGUUAGAUCUAAACCUGCAGUCAGAGCUCGGUUGGAAGACAGAUUCAACAGCAGCCCGACAGAAAACCCCAGAUGUCAAGAACCCCAAGAAUCUGGAGUAACUCUUAACAAUUUAGUGACAUUGAUCCGCCAGCCCUCAGAAGUGGUGGGUGUUCCUCUUCACCAGCAAGGGAACAGGUGUGCUGCACUAGGGAAAAAUAAGGCUGCACCUGCCACACAUUCCUUACCAUUUACUUACCCGUUCUUUACCAUGAAUGCCUGUUCUGCUGCUGGAAGUGCUAAUCCUUCCCAAGCACAGACCUGUGGAACAUCUUGCACUAUUUUGGAAGCUGCCAAACAUCAAGACCUUGGGAUACCCAAAACAUUCCCUUUUAUCUAUCAGGAAGCUGAAUCCACAAAACAGACAGUAGGUGCUAUAAAUAAAGCUUUGCCUGAGGAAGUUUGGAUUAAAGUUGGAGACACCUUAUGCAAGCAAGGCAUAAACAGAAGUUGCAGCCGAAUAAAUCUGUUGGAUGCAAACAUGGAUCGCAAACCUCUCGGUGAGAUUCGGAACAGCCGGGACAACAACCAGAGCACUGCGGCUGCCCAGGGCCCCUGGCAGUCAGCACAGCCCAGCUCCAGUGUGCAGGUACAAAGUGGUUCCCAGGAUGGAAGCGCCCAGAGAAGGGAAAGGCACAACCGCCUGGAGAGAGACAGGAGGCGCAGGAUCCGGGUUUGUUGUGAUGAGCUCAAUCUCCUCGUUCCCUUCUGCACCAUUGACACUGACAAGGCAACAACUUUGCAGUGGACAACUGCAUUCCUCAAGUACAUUCAGGAAAGGCAUGGAGACUCCCUGAAGCAGGAAUUUGAGACUGUGUUCUGUGGUAAAACAGGCAGAAGACUAAAAAUUGGAAGACCAGACUCAUGUGUAAUGUGUCCAGCACAGGAAACGCACAGCUAUGGAGACCAAAUAGCCUGACCUGCCCACCCUGAAUUGUGUGACAAUAGUCCAAACUGUGUUUUAUUCUUUCCAUUUACAUGCUGAAUAGGAAUUUGACAGUGUAACUUGUAAAUACAUAUAAAUAGAAAUUUAAAGGAAACAUUCUCUAUUGCAAAUGGAAAUGGAAGUUAACUACCAGCAAUGGGAAUCAGUGCCCUGUUCAAGGGGCUUUGGGACCAGAAGCUACAAGAAAAUGUCAUGACAAAGUAUUUUAAUCCUUUAGGUAUACAAAAUUUGCUUG